AUGACACAAACUCAAUUUCAAGUUGUUAUUUUAGCUACCGACAAAGCUUGUGGAAAUUCAAGACUUUCACCAAUUGACGAUAAUAUUCCACAUUCAUUAUUACCAAUUGCCAAUAGACCUUUAAUUUCGUAUCAAUUUGAGUUUUUAGAAAAAGCAGGUUUUGAAACAAAAUCAGAUAACCCAAUUAUUAUCGUUGUAAAUGAAGCAUCAGAAGAAAAAAUCAGACAACAUGUAUCAGAAAUUUAUAAAGGUCUUGAGGUCGAAUUCUUUGUAUUAAAAGAUCGACUUGCUUCCUGCGAAAUUUUAUAUAGAAUCAGAGAUAAAAUUAAAUCUGAGUAUUUUAUUAUUUUAAACGCAAAUUUAGUUUUAGAGGAAACCUUUAUUAGACAAAUGGCAGAUAUUCAUAGAAGCGGCGAGGCAGCAGUUACUAUGCUUUUAAAACCAGCACAAAAAGUUGUAGAACAACCAAGCAAGAAAGGUGCCGCUGAAGCACCAUCAUCAAGUAAGAAAGAAUUAAUUUUCACUGACUAUAUAGCAUUGGAUGAAAAGAAAGAAAAAGUUAUCAUGAUGGAACCAGGCACCGAGAUUGAAGAAAAUUUACAAUUUAACAAAUCUUUAUUGAAACAUUUCCCAAAUUUAACAAUUUAUAGUGAUUUACAAGACACACAUUUUUAUAUUUUUUCAAGAUGGGUUUUAGAAUUAAUUGUAGAAGAUCAAAAAGAAAAAUAUCCAUUAUUUUCCGAUAUUAAAAAACAUUUAAUUCCAUAUUUAUUAUCUUGUCAAAUCCCAAAUAUCAAGCGUCAAAGACCAUUACCAGAGAGCGCAUUUAAUUUAACUCAAAAAAUUUCACAAGAAAUGUCAUCUACCGCCUCACCAUUUAACCAAUUCUCUGACAUUAACAUUCAAAAGAAAAAAACAAUUAAAUGUUUAGCAUAUAUCUUAAAGAAUGGAUAUUGUAUGAAUGUUAAUACAGUUAAAUCAUAUCAACAAAUUAAUAGAGAUAUUUCAAAAGGUGAUUUAUCUUUAUUACCAUUGGAACCAAAAUUAGAAAAGAAUUAUUUUAUAGAUCCAGCUGCAAAUGUUACACCAACCCAAGUUGGUCCAUAUUGUGUUAUAGGUGCCAGUUCAACAUUAGGUUCUAAAUGUAGUGUUAAAUUUUCGAUUAUUGGCAAACAUUGUAAAAUUGGUGAUAAUGUUCGUAUUGAAAAUUCAAUUAUUAUGGACCAUGUUAACAUUGAAGAUAAAUGCACCAUAAAGGAUUCAAUCAUUUGCAAUGAUGUCUUUAUUAAAGCUGGUUCCUCAACUGUUGGUCAAUAUUUAACAAAAUAA